AGUGAAAAAGGUAAGUUUCCUUAUUUUUUGCACAAUUUUACUUAAAUUCUGCAGUGUUUUUUGGUUUAGUGAAUAGCUUAAAUUGCCAAGAGAGAUAUCCUACAGACAAAUAUUGUGGAAAUCUGCGUUAAAUGCAAGAAAACCGCCUUGCCGUGUGUUAUAUGUUUGCGUCAAUCUAUGAGGCUGCUCGUCAAUCCGCCCUCAAAGGUCCAAUGAAGAGGGUGGAGUGUGAAGAAGUUGCCCAAGAGGUCACCAAUGCCGCCGCGGCGCCUCUCAUAACCGGCCGCCAAAUAGCCGCAGCUCAGGCCAAGGAAGGUGAGUCCUGUGAAUUUGGCUCCCUCAAGUACUACGGCUUGUGCUGUGUGGGCGGAACUCUGUCGUGUGGAUUGACGCACACAAUGGUGGUGCCCCUGGAUUUGGUCAAGUGUCGUCUUCAAGUGGACUCGGCUAAGUACAAGAACCUCAUCACUGGCUUCAAGAUUAGUGUAAAGGAAGAGGGAUUCCGGGGACUAGCCAAAGGAUGGGCUCCUACUUUCUGGGGCUACUCAGCACAGGGAUUGUGUAAAUUCGGCUUCUAUGAAAUCUUCAAAGUGUAUUAUGCCAAUUUGAUUGGUGAUGAAAAGGCGUAUCUGUACCGUACAUCCCUCUACUUGGCCGCUUCAGCAUCAGCUGAAUUCUUUGCCGACAUCGCCCUAGCACCCUUCGAGGCUGCUAAAGUGAAGAUUCAGACCACGGCUGGCUACGCCAAUACAUUCCGCGAGGCUGCACCUAAGAUGUUCAAGGAGGAAGGUGUCAUGGCCUUCUACAAAGGUCUCGUACCACUGUGGAUGCGUCAGAUUCCUUACACCAUGAUGAAAUUUGCAUGUUUCGAGCGCACGGUAGAAGCUCUGUACCAGUACGUGGUUCCUAAGCCUCGGGCAGAUUGUACCAAGAGUGAACAGCUGGUUGUCACUUUUGCUGCUGGUUACAUUGCUGGAGUCUUCUGCGCUAUCGUUUCCCAUCCGGCUGAUGUUGUGGUGUCUAAGUUGAAUCAGGCCAAGGGCUCUUCAGCCUUCGAAGUAGCUCGCCAGUUGGGCUUCGUGGGUAUGUGGAAGGGCUUGAUGCCUCGUAUCAUCAUGAUUGGUACACUCACUGCUCUGCAGUGGUUCAUCUAUGAUGGUGUCAAAGUGGCACUUCGUCUGCCACGUCCACCACCACCCACAAUGCCCGAAUCACUCAAGAAGAAGCUCGAAGAGUCACAGUAAGACCCAAGAGAGGACCCACUUAGAACUAUCGUAAAUUAAAUUAAACAAAAAAAAAAGAAAAACAAAGAAUAAUUAUUGGGAGAAAGGCUGUGCUGGCAUUUCCCUCUGAGAAACAGCGUUUGUUUCCUGCAAAAUAAUCAUGGCAUUCUAUGCGCAGUAUUUCUGUUCGAAUCAUUUCUAUCUUAACACUCCAUGGAUUUGUCUCCUUGAGACUUCCACACAGCGCAUUUCACUAUUAAAAUAUUUCCAAAAACAGUGGUAUAGAUUUUUUUUUGUUUGAGAUGUAAUGUAGUAGACCGAAUGUAUAUUGAUCUUGAAUGAGAACUCAAUAAAAUCGAGCAGAAUGUUAAAA